AUGGAUUUAUUUGAAAUUUAAACACAAUCAGAUUUACAGAAAACGUUUCAUUAAUUAUUUCAUAAAAGGAUAUCUAUUUCAAAUUACUAAAACAAUUAUAAAAUCUAUAGAUUUGAUAAAUGCUUUACUAAAAGUAAACUAUUUCAAACUAUUAGAAACUAUAAGGAUGUAAAAGUCUAUUUAAGAAUUUUACAAUUCCAUUUCAAUUAAUAAAUCAAUUUGAUAAUUAACAAUUAAUUUCUAGUUGUGAAUGUUUAGAUUGUGGAGGCAAGGUUAAAAAGAAAAUUAUAAUUUGUAAGAAAGAAUUAAUUGAGUCACCUUAAUCCAAUAUUAAAUCAAAAUUUCCAGCAUCACCUUAAUUAUCUAUAUAACCAUAAAAUAUGAGGCCAUCUAAUAGAGAUUUAAGUUUAAUUGGAUCUUCAGCACAUUUAAGUAUCAUUUUUUAUUUAUUUUUAUGUGAAAAGCAAUCUAAAUAGUCUAUUAAAAAAAGUAAUCGUGUUUCCAUUUUACCAGUAAUACAAUUGAUUAAAGCUUAAAAUUUGAUGAAGAAAAUCAGUGUAACUCGUAGAUUUGAAAAGGAUACAAAAAUAAGUACUUAAAAUGAUAGCUUAUUUAAUAAAAUUUAAUAGAAGAUGAUUACCAGUAAGGAUUAAGAUCAUAAUAAAUUAAAAUCUGUUUUGGAAAUAGAGAUUAAGAAUAAAAAAGAAGUAGUAAAUAAUUAAUAUAUGCACACUCGAAUAAAAACUGAAGCUUCUAAUUAUUACUUUGCUUUAAACAAUAAUAAAAAAUCUAUACUUAAUAAUAUACCAAAUUUAAGUCAUUUGGAAAAUAUAAAGAAAAAUAGUUUAAGUAAUUUAGAAUCAAAAACACCAAGAAUUUUGUUAUCUAGAAGUGAGAAAUAUAAUUAAAAAUAAUCUUUAAGUUAAAGACUUAUGUGUACAUAUCUUAAAAAAUAAAAUCUUAAUUAUAAAUAAUAAAAAAAUAUUAAUACAGAUGUGAAGAUAUUUUGA